GGAAGCGGAAGGCGGCGUUGCUUAGCAACCAAGGGGCCAAACAAGCGCGAGCACCAUCUGAGGAAAUAUUUCGGCGUGUUAGCAUUUUGGCUAAUUAAGCUUUAUCCUUUUCUUUUUACCAUAUUACUCUGCGCUCAGUAGUUUUAUAUUUUUAGUUUAAAUAUAUCGUUUAAGUUGACCUACGAGACAAAUGGCAGGCAAGAAAAAGGAGGCAACGCUGCAGGCUUCCGUCACAAACCAAGAGCAGUGGGAAGAGAUGCUUGCAACCAAGGGUUUAACAGUCGUAGAUGUGUAUCAGCAGUGGUGUGGUCCCUGUCGUGCUGUGGUUAGUCUCCUGCGAAAAAUAAAGAAUGAACUGGGUGAUGACUUGCUUCAUUUUGCCACAGUGCAGGCCGAAGCAGACAGCAUUGAUGUUUUGGAGAGGUAUCGAGGGAAAUGUGAACCCACCUUCCUCUUCUAUGGGGGUGGGGAGCUGGUGGCUGUACUGCGUGGGGCAAACGCUCCCAUGCUUCAGAGGAUGGUUGUGGAGGAGCUAGCCAAUGAGAAGCUGGUCCUGGAGCAAGGUGGUGAACGCAAAGUGGUGAAAGAUAAUGCUCUGACAGAUGAGGAGAACAAAGAAGAGGAGGAGUUGCCACAGCAUUUAGAAAAUGAAGAAAGUGUAAUUGUCCCUGCCAGUAAAUCCUACACAGUUGCCAUCAUUAAACCAGACGCCGUUGCUCACGGCAAGGCAAAUGAGAUUAUUAUGAAGAUUCAAGAUGCUGGCUUUGAGAUCCUGGCGCAUGAGGAACGCACGCUGACGGAGGCUGAAGCUCGAGAUUUUUACCAACACAAAGCAGCAGAGGCAUGCUUCGAGGAUUUGGUGCAGUUUAUGUCCAGUGGUCCCUCCCAUAUUCUAGUACUCUCUCAGGUAGAGGGAUCUGCCACCGUUGUACCGGCAUGGCGUGAGUUUAUUGGCCCAGCAGACAUAGAAGAAGCCAAGAGAGAAAAGCCAGAAAGCUUGCGGGCACAAUACGGCACAGAGACACUGUUCAACGCAGUGCACGGUAGUGAGGACAGCGACCAGGCCAGCAGGGAGCUCGCCUUCUUCUUCCCCAACUUUCGGACGGCCUCGGUAAUAGAGCAGGAUGGGGAGGAAGAGCAUGUGGAGAGGACACUGGCUCUCAUCCGCCCCGACGUUGCCAGGGAGAACAGAGAAGAGAUCUUAGAUCACAUCCACAAGUCUGGCUUUAUAAUAGCCCUUCAAAAAGAGGUGAUGCUGUCAGAGGAGCAGGUCAGACAGUUUUACUGUCAACAUGUUGAGGAGGACUACUUCCCUGCACUGCUCCAAACCAUGACCAGUGGGCCGGUGCUGGCUUUGGCUCUUGCCAGAAAAGGAGCUGUAAGUCAUUGGAAAACCAUUCUCGGUCCUUCUGACAUCAAUAAAGCCAAAGAGGAGAGUCCAGACUGUCUAAGGGCCCAGUUUGCAGUGGAAAAUAAGCCUAUCAACCAGCUCCACGGCAGUGGAAGCCGCGAAGAGGCAGAGCGAGAGAUCAGCUUCUUCUUCCCUAAACAACAGACUCUGGCAGUGAUCAAGCCAGAUGCAAUGGAGGAACACAGAGAGGCUAUUUUGGAGGAGAUUCGUGGCCGAGGUUUCUCUGUAACAAGGCUAAAGGAGACGGUGCUGUCAAGGGAGAUGGCUGAGGAGUUUUACAAAGAGCACAGAGAGAAGCCUUUCUUUAACCAGCUGGUGGAGUUCAUGUGUCGGGGACCCUGUAUGAUGCUUGUCCUCACUAAGGAAAAUGCGGUGGAGGAGUGGAGGGCCAUGAUGGGUCCCACAGACCCAAACAAGGCAAGGGAGACGUCCCCAGAGUCUCUGAGGGCUCGCUUUGCUGCAGACAUCCUCCAUAACUCAGUUCAUGGUUCUUCCAACGAGCAGCACGCGGAGGAAAAGAUCCGUUUUAUCUUCGGUGACAUCAGCACAGAUGCAGAGCUCACCAGUGACGAUCCCAUUUCAGCUAAAGAGGAAGAAAAGGCUGCAGAGAAAAACACAGAAAUUAUAGAAUCUUCAACUGAAGAAAUCUCCAGUAGCAGAGAAGGUGUGCACAUAAAAAAGAAGGGUAUCCCAAUUCAGGGACUUGACCCUUUAGAGUCUGCACUUUUGCAAAAUUUAAGCUGCUUUCGCAUUGAUGAGAAGGCCAUAGAGUAUUUUCAUCACUUUACAAAGACAGGGAUGAGGUAUUGGUAUCUGUAUGUCUACUGACUUUAAUGGCCAUUUUUCUGUCUGUUAGGCAACACUGUAGCUAUAGAGAGACUGAAAUUGGGACACCACAAUUACUGUUUACUGCGAACACUGAGUAGAUACAUCUCUUUACAAUGACAAUCAAGAUUACUUGCGCAAGAAGAGGCGUCUCUCCUGACUGAGAGAAAACUAAUGCCACUCAUCUCCAUAAUGUCACAAACAGCUGCUGGAAUUGCGAUGCAAACUGGCGCUACAGCCUCUCUGUGUGUAGGGAAUGAAGUAAAUCUUGAUUGAGUCAUACCAUCUCAUACCUGCGGAGGAAAAUUGCACCUCCAGUGUGCUGUAUCUUUUUUCUGUUGCCAUUUUUUUUAAUGCAUAAUUAGGAUCAGGGGACAGAAUCUUGAAUCUGUGUGCAGCCCAUGUUUGAUAAAUUAUGAACACUGCAACAUUACUAGUAUUCCUGGCUGCAAGACAGUGUUGUUCAGCAAAGCUGUUAUUACUUAUCAGCAGCGAUAUUUAGAAGAGUUAUCUUCAGCAUCCCUCUUUAUUUUGCAGAUGACCCACAAACAGGAGGAAGUAUCGAUCCAGAGCACUCAAACUGAAUCAUCACACCUUGUGUUUUCUCUUCUAUUAUAAGCUUAAUGUGUAAAAUCGUGGGAACAACAGAGCGCCUGUCAUUCUAUGAAUCAUGAAAUAAACAAGACAAAUAUAUAUACUUUUUACACCUUUUGUAGGUGGCGUAUCAAGACGACACACUCAAGAAGCACUGUAGACGCGGAGUCGUGUUCCCUUAAUACCGCCGUCGACAGUUUGAUGGCUCUCUCAGCUCACAUCAGCAGCCACGGGCUACGUGACUAAAACCAGGAUAGUACAAUCACCAGAACGUGACUGAUAAUUUCAGUGUUCACAGAAUCCUUUAGUGAGUACACUGUGCCAUUAUCUGUACCUUAGGUUGUCUCCUGUAAUUUACUACCACAGUGCUGUGAUAAUAUGAACAAUAUGAAGGUAGUAUAAAGAGUGUUACUCCUGUUUAUUUAAGGGGUGAGUACAGGGGACCGUAACAGAGCGAUUAGGCUAGAGUUUUUUCCGCUUACCGUAAUUAUUGCAGGAUAUUGCUUUAACAAUGGGACAUAAAUUACACACUGAAGCUACCUAAAUGAGGUGCAUGAAUAAAGAAAAUAUCUAACAGCUCUAAAAAGCUACAUAAUUGUUAGUAUUAGUAUUCAUUGCAGAUCAUUUGAAAAAGGAUUUCAGAAUUCAACCACCUGGCAACCUCCAGGACUGAAAAAUGAAGGCAACAUGGAAAUGGAAAAAACUGCAGUUCCUCUCAAGGCUUGUCCUCCCUCUCAAGGGUGGCUCCAAAAGCAAAUCAAUCCCAUAGCCUCCUAUGUUAAAAUUUCAGCCAAUUAAAUAACAAGCUUUCAGCCUGGUAUGAAAAAUUGGGGGUUUUUUGGUGUCUGGUCGCCUGUCCAGGGUGUACACCUCCACUCACCAUAUGACAACCUGGAUAGGCUUCAGCCCACCCACAACCCUGAAUGGGAUGAUCUGUUAAGAAAAUGAAUAAGGAGCUAAUGUCCCUGUUUAUAGUAAAUGCACAAGAGCAAUGAGAAACUAAGGUUAAACUGGCCCAUUUGGGGACUGUUAAAGCUUAAAAUUAGGGGCAUGGCUACUUUUACUAACAGACAGGCCAACAUAUGCCGCUUCCAGUUUGUAGUGAAGAUGCUUAAUGGAGCGUCUCUAGUGGAAAUAUCUGACUCAUAAGACGGCUUAGUAUGUGGUAAAAUUAAAAGAUCCACAAAGGUUUUGCUCAGUUUUGGUGAGUGAAAGAAAUAUUUUAUCAGUCUUCUACUUAGCUCUAAAUAGUUUGUCAACCAUUCUAAUCUAAUCUGAGUCAAUGAACUGGACUUCUUGCCUAUCUUAGUUUUGAGUUUCAAAGUUAAACUUUGGUUGUGUUAUUGUAUUUGGAAUUGUCUGUACUGUGUAUUAGUUUAUGGCUUAUCUUGCUAAAAAAGACUAUCAUUUGCUGAUAAUUUAGCACGCCACAUUCAUGUAAAUUUGGUCAUUUCUGGCUUCAAAGCAAAAAAUCACAAACUAACAGUUACAUCACGGGUGGCAACAUCCUUCUUUUACAUACAGUCUAUAAAUUUAAAACCUAUAAAUGACUAUAUUUUAAUCCAAGUUAAUCUGAAGUAUCUUGAAGGAGUUUAAACAUGUAAUCCAGCCACCAUGCAACUUAAAGGAUGUCAAAAGGAUGGUAAAAAAAAAAAAAA